AUGGAAUAAUUUAUUAAUUAGUUUAAUAAACAAGAAUUUAAAAUCUCUUGGUUGUAUAUUUUCUUUAAUUUUAUUCUUGAUUAAAUGGUUGUGCUAGCUAGAAUAAAAAUAAGAAGCAAAAUAUCUAGGAUAAAUUAUUUGAAAUUACAACAAUUAUUAUAAAUAUUUGAUAUCGAAAUCCGUCGAGGAUUUACAUUUUUACAAUAUGACACUUUAAAAAACCUCAAUAUUAAUUACUUCUUUAUUAAAGCUAAAGAAAUCAUUUCCGAAUUCAUAAAUAAAAAUUAUAAUCUAAAACCUAUUCAAUCUAAUUUAGAAAUUGGAGUUUAAUCAUUUAGUUAUUUAGCUUUACAAUCUUGUGUAUUUAAUUUAAUAUUAUUGGGAGAUUAUUACAAUUAAUGGCAGAGGAAAUUAUCUAUGUUAUUUAAUAGAAAAUGCAUUAACAAGCAAUUAAUCCAAGAAUCUUAAUUGUAAUACUGUUUGAAAUGCCUUUAAAAUGGAGCUAUGUAAUACCUAAAAAUCAAUUGCUCAAUCAGAUAUCUAACUUAAAUAUCAAAGAAGUACCAGGUUUUGAACUUGAAAGUCACUUUUAAUUGCUAUCCUUAUUACUUUUAAAUUCUAUAGAGCAUUUAAUUAGUAAUAUCGAAAUAGAGAAGGCCAUUAAACAAACUUUUUGAGUAAAAAACUUUGUAUAAUAAUUAUUAGUAUUUAUAAUAAGUAAAAAAAUUAAAUAUCUCUAUAACAGAUUAAUAAUCAAUAUAAUAAAUAUUACUUUAGCCGAAGGUUAGAAUGUUAAAAAUAAAUAACAUUCAUUUCAAAGCAUAUAUAUAAAAAAAGAUUUUUGGACUUUUUUAAUUUUAUAAAAACUGA